AUGGGACAUUGGAAAGCCGGACAUUCAAUUGACUGGGUCUUGUCUAUAGAGCUUGGUCUUUCCAUUACCGAUGAGGCUAUCAGUCAGAUGAAGGCCCAUGCCACUAUUCAGGACGCCGAGUUCAAGGUUGCGGCUGAGGAGGAGAAGCGCCGUCGCCACGAUGUCAUGGCCCACGUCCACGCUUUCGGACAGGUCGCCCCCGCCGCCGCUGGUAUCAUCCACUGGGGCGCUACUUCUUGCUACUGCACUGACAAUGCUGACCUGAUCCUUCUCCGGGACGGUCUCGAUAUUCUUAUCCCCAAGCUGGCCGUUGUUGUUGACAAGUUGUCUCAGUUCGCCAAGCAGUACAAGGACCUGCCUUGUCUGGGAUUCACUCACGGCCAGCCCGCCCAGCUUGUCACUGUCGGUAAGCGUGCAUGCCUGUGGAUCCAGGAUCUUCUGAUGGAUCUGCGCAACCUCGAGCGCGCUCGCGACGAUCUGCGAUUCCGCGGUGUCAAGGGUACCACCGGUACCCAGGCUUCUUUCCUCCAGAUCUUCGAGGGUGACCACGCCAAGGUUGAGAAGCUAGAUGAGCUCGUCACUGAGAAGGCUGGCUUCAGCUCUGCAUUCAUUAUUUCCAGUCAAACUUACUCCCGUAAGAUCGAUGUCGAUGUUGGCAACGCUCUUGGCUCUUUCGGUUCCACCUGUGAGCGCAUUGGUAUCGAUAUUCGCCAUCUGGCUAUGCUCAAGGAGGUCGAGGAGCCAUUUGAGAAGGAUCAGAUUGGUAGCAGCGCUAUGGUGAGAUGCACUGAAUUAUUUGGCUUAUUAAGACGGCGGCUAAUACUUGGCAUUGACAGGCUUACAAGCGAAACCCUAUGCGCUCAGAGCGUUUGUGCUCCCUCGGACGUCACCUGCAGAACCUUCCCAAGGAUGCUUUGGACACUUACUCUGCCCAGUGACAACGUCUCCUCCGGCUUUGUCGUCUACCCCGAGGUCAUCAAGCGCCGUGUCAACGAUGAGCUUCCUUUCAUGGCCACUGAGAACGCCUCCGACAACGUCAAGAAACAAGGUAAGGACAACGACCUCCUCGAACGCAUCCGCCGCACUGCCUUCUUCAACCCCAUCAUCCCCGAGCUCGAUGCCCUUCUCGACGCCAGCACCUUUGUCGGCCGUGCCCCACAACAAGUCGAGAAGUUCACCAGCACCGAGGUUGCCGCUGCUCUCAAGCCUUACGAGGCUGAGAUCGCUAAGCAAGAGACCUCUGCCCUGUACGUUUAA